AUGAAGCAAGUUAAAUUCGUCCCACACCAAUCUCAAUGGACCGAUGAAGAGUUUCAAGCCAUGGUUGAAGGCGUUGAGAACGACAUAGACGGCGAACUUGAAGGAGCUCAAACCACAAUUGCAACCAAAAUUGCACAAGUCAAGGAACAGAUAGCUCCACUUAAAGCUACCAAAGCUACUCUUGACCUCAUGGAUACUUACCGUUUAG